CAAAAACAAACAGAAAAAGGGAAACUAUUGAGGUACUGAGAAGAUGAUGGGUUGGGGGGGUGGCCGUGGGGGCGUUAGCGUUUGUCAAUGAAGAGGAUGACUCAGGCACUGGAUGUGUCAUACACAUUCUAUAAAGGGGGAAGUUCACAGAGCAGGCUAAACAUUUGCACAGUGAGUGAUAGCUCAGCACAGAGCACACUUUGUUUACUAGCACCCGGAAUUGGACGGAAGAUGAAAUUGCUGCUGAACUCCCAUGUUUCUUUCGACGUCUGCCUGCUGUUGGUCCUCUUGCCUGUGCUUUCCCUCGCUCAACCCUACGUGGAUGGAUCCCGAAAGGAGAACCUCAAAAAGAUCUACAAGCAGAUGAUAAUCUUGAACAGCAUUGCUCGUGGCCCAAUUAGCCACUAUGAACUGAACUUAGACAUUCAGCACAACUUCACUGCCCUGCCACGGAUAGCCUCACGAGCGCAAGACCUCCAGACUCAACAGUUGAACACCACUCUACUGCUGCUCCACUCUGGCCUGCAGUCCUUUAGGUUCCACUUUGACUGGCUGCGGCAGGUUCAACAGAACAGGUCCAUGAAUGUCCCCCGAGAGACUCCAAUCACGCUCCAUCUGAAGAGAAUUGGCCAGCUGCUUCAGAAACAGGUGAGAGCCAAGGCCCAAGCAGACCAAAGGGCGUGGAGAGUGUUUAGACAUUUAGACGUGCUGUUAAUCUAAAUGAAUCUGUGUGGGUGUAUAUUGCCAUGGUCAUAUUAGGCUUUCUUAUUUCUUCCACUGCUAUUCAAUAGUAUAUUGAUUGUGGAAAAAAAAGAUUUUCUACUUAAGUGAACUUUGACCUGUAAGUUUGUUUAAUGAAAAUACAUCUGGCUAAUAGAACAGCUCAGGGUCACUGGCUGCCCACCCACCCUGAAAACAAACAGGAAACAGUAGAGUUUUUUUUUUUUUUGCCCAUAUUUGUUUAAAGUGAUUCUGUGUAAGAAUCAAAGUGGUUCUGUGUAAGACAUUGCCCAUUUACCUGAGUGCCCAGUCAUUUCUGUCCCUUUGAAGACAUUCUCAGUACAAAGAGUUAAGAAUAUCAGACAUUACUCUCUCCCUCAUGAGUAUGAAUGUGUUGGCUGUUAGCACUCUAGACAGAGGUAAGAUCUUGGCCAAAUCACCUCCUUGUCCACUGUCAUCAGGGAAUGAUCACAUGUAGCACCUAACAGAAUGCAUGGAAAGGA